UGCGAAUAAUGCAGCAGUGGAGGAGAAAUUAAAAGAAUGAUACAGGAUAAGUGAGGAUAAUAAAGCAGAAUCAACAUGGCUGCAUGUGGAUCAAGUCCUCAGUAUGGUGUACAGUUUAUCUCUGAGUUCAGAAUUGUGCUGCUUGGGAAUAAAGGAGCUGGAAAAACAUCUCUAGCAAACACGAUAGUGUGCAGACAGACCACAUCCCCAAAGAGUACUGUUCAGUGUACAAAGAUCCGUGGAGUAGCAGCUGGAAGACUGGUCACUCUGGUUGACAGUCCUGGCUGGUGGAAGAACUUUCUUGCGAACGAGACUCCUGAGUUUCAAAAGCAGGAGCUUGUGCUCAGUAUGGCUCAUUGUCAACCAGGACCCCAUGCUGUUCUUCUGGUCAUACGUGUGGAUGCCUUAUACACAGAGAAAAACAGAAGAGCAGCUCAGCAGCACCUAGAACUUCUUGGGAAGGACAUCUGGAAGCACACAAUAGUUGUGUUCACUUAUGGUGAUCAUCUUCAAGACCAAAUGGUUGAGCAGCACAUCGAAAGCGAGGGAGAAAUCGUUUUGCAAAGGCUUGUUGGAAAAUGUGGGAACCGGUAUCACAUUUUCAACAUUGAUAGAUACAGUCGGACUCAGGUGAAGGAGCUGCUUGAGAUGAUCGAGGAUAUUGUGUCUGGAAAUGGUGGCGCCUGUUAUGAAAUGGAUCAAAGGUGUCUGUAUGAAGUCAAAGAGAUGAGGAGAGUGACAGAGGAGAAAGCAAUGAAGAGGAGCCUGAUGGUACAGGAACAAAGAGAUGUGCAUAAAGGCCAUAAGGGCUCCCUGUCCAACAUAAGAAUAGUGUUGCUAGGCUAUCGGAGAUCUGGAAAAAGUUCAAUCGGGAAUAAUAUCUUUGGAAGAGAGAACGUUGGCUUGAAGAAAACUUCACAAUGUGUGAAAACUCAGAGUGAGUUUGCUGGAAAAGUCAUCACUGUCCUAGACACACCAGGCUGGUGGAAGACUCUCACAGCAAGAGAUACUGCAGAACUGGACAAGCAAGAAAUAUUACGCAGCAUUUGUCUGUGUCCCCCAGGACCGCAUGCUUUACUCUUGACUCUACGCAUUGAUAUGCCAUUCAGAGAUGAAGAGAUGAAAUCACUGGAGGAACAUAUGAGUCUUCUUGGUGAAAGAGCCUGGAAACAUACAAUUCUUCUUUUCACUUAUGGAGAUUUGCUUGGUGACCUGACUGUUGAACAAUACAUCGAGAGUGAAGAGAAGGAUUUGAAGUUGCUUGUUGCAAAAUGUAGAAACCGGUAUCAUGUUCUCAAUAAUAAGAAUUUGCUUGACGGUGGUCAGGUCACAGAGCUGUUUAAAAAGAUUGAGGAGAUGGUGGCAGAAAACGAAGGACAUUAUUAUGAAAUGCACCCGAGGAUUUAUAAGGAAGUGAGGCGGAAAUGGAGCUUAAUGGAAAAAAAAUCCAAGAUGAGGCUGAAGGUGAAGAGUAGAAAGAUGACAAACUCAGUGAAAGGUGCUGGACAAUACUUGUCUGAGCUUAGCCUCGUUCUGCUGGGGUAUGGUGAAGCCGGUAAAACAUCAGCAGGUAACACCAUCCUAGGCACAACAGAUUUUGGAUUCAAAAGAACUUCCUGUUGUGUAAAGAGAACAAGAGAGAUAGAUGGAAGACUACUCACUGUGAUAGACACACCAGGAUGGUCGAAACGUCUUCAAAUAGAAGAAAUGCCAAAACUGAUCAAACAGGAGAUUCUACAGAGUGUCUCCCUGAUCCCUCCAGGCCCAGUCUGCUUCUUACUGGUCAUCCGUCUGGACAGUUCUUUUCAAGAGGAAGAGAGAAGAGCCGUGAAAGAUCACAUGAACCUUUUCGGAGAAAAGGUCUGGGACCAGACCUUAGUUCUUUUCACUUGUGGGGACUGGUUAGGGGACCGAACCAUUGAGCUGUACAUUGAGUAUGAAGGUGAGGCACUAAAGUGGAUUCUUGAAAAAUGUGGGAAUAGGCAUCAUAUUCUCAGCAACAAGAACCAGAGAAGUAGUAAUCAGGUCACUGAACUCCUAAAGAAGAUUGAAGAACUGGUGGCUGAAAACAAAACAUGUCGUUCAGUGGGUAUGUGGGAUUUAAAGGAGAACACAGAGAAUAGGAUGGAGAAUAUGCAAGCCAAAGAGAGAGGACUACAGAGACAAAAAUAUCUAUAAAAAAGUCAUUACCAGCAUUUAGCAGACUUACUUUAUCAUGUACUUAAGUAACAUGACUAAUACAAACACUAAGACAAAAAUUGUCAACAAACUUUCUAUCUAUCUUUUUAACACUAUUGCCAUUUUAUUAACUUUUAAUGAUUGUGACAAAUCUAAGGUACUCAAAAUUUCAUUUUUUUGUAUUUAUUCUUUUAAUAAUACAUAAUCAUACAAGCUCAUUUUAGUCUUUAGAAUGUAACAUAAAAAAAUACAAGAAUAGAAAUAAGAUUCUAUUUUUCACACAUGGAAAAUGACUUUUUUAAUAAUAAAAGUUGUUUUUUAUACCAUGCAUAUACUUUAUGCCAAUACCAACAAUGAAACCCUAUAAGACUUAACCUAAAAUUGUAAUUAAAUGAACGAAUAAAAGAAUAAAUAAAUACAUUUUAUCUGCUUAUUUAGUCUAGCAAAAAUGUUAAAAAUACCAAAAUUAUUUUCCAUAAUUAAUUUGUAGCAGUACUUCGGAUGCAGCUUUGCACACUUCGUAUAUUCUAAUCCAGCUACAUGAGAGAGCUUCACUCGCUUUUCUUAUUUUCUUAUUCUUCUUAUUCUCUUAUUAUAUUAAGCACAGUGCUAGUAUGGUGUUAUUAGUGGCUAGUAUGGAGAUCUACUGUAGGGUGUCCAAAUUUUCACUGGUAGUGUUUGUUAAAGAGUUAAAGAGUAAAUAAAAUAAAAACAACUACAUUUACUUAUUCGUAUCCUGGUCAAGAUCAUGAUGGAUCUGUGCUGAGUAAUAAGUCCUAUUAAACAUUCAAAGCUAGAAAUAAAAGUUCUUAUUGAGACUUAGACAACAUUUUUGCUUGAUUGGUUCGAAUGUUUAUUUUCUCUCCUGCUCGACAGUAAACUUUCUUGCUUUCUUUCUUGCCUUAGAUAGCAUGUCAGGCCAAGCACAUAAAUCUAAAAAGACAGCAUUAAUCCCGUGAGAAAGCUUUUGAAUGUACCUUUUAUGACUUGGCAGAAAAAAAAUAUCUUUGAUGGCAGAAACAUUAUACCUUAGCUAUCUUGCUGCUGAAUGGCAAAGUGUUCCUACACCUCUUUGACACCAAACAAAACUCAAACAGAAAGGCACCAACAGAAGCACACAGAGAUUUGAUGUAAUGGUAAAUAAUGGGACUUGAACAAUUCAGUAGAUGUAGCAACAAGGAGCACCAUUUGUGACUUUUGUGGGUUGCUCUUUUGUGCUAGUACAUUUAGCUUUACCUCUGAAAACCUUUCUUAUAAGCAACCUUUAGCCAGUAGACAGUUCACAGAAUGUACAGAAAAUCUACUGAAUUUCUUACUAAAAUGGUCUAUACAGACACCUGUGCUCACUUAUGGAAAGAUUCUAUUGAGAAAAGCACUACUCUGAAUGGUUUUUCUUUUUUCUUUAAAUAAUAUUUAAAAAAAUUAGCUCGGAAUAAUCACAAAGACAUGUCACACUUUAGCAGGGCUCUCAAGUUUUGAAGACAGGCAAGCGUGACAUCUCCAACAACGUGACAACUCCUUUAUCAUUUGUAAUGAUGCUUGAAUUUAAAACAGUUCGGCUCAAGCCCAGCCAUUUUUAGGGUCAUGAUUGAGGACAAUGUCCCGUCCAGAGACAAGCUGUUUCGUGUUGAGGUUUUGUUCAAACGACCAUCGAAAAUACCCUCUCUAAUAAAUGGUUUUUUUUUUCAUUGGUUGUUGCGUUAAAUCUUACUCAGAUAGUGCUAUUUUCUGAUUGGCUAUUGUGUAGCCUCUUUUUUUGAUUGGCUGAUAAGUGUCAGGCUCGACUAAGAGCUCCAGGGGAGACGCGCUUGAUUCCUGCCCGGUUCCAUAGAGACAGCGUUGCAGACAGAUACAUUUUGGGUGCUGUGGCAUAUUAAAUAUAUGAUGAAUAGUCAAAAAGUUUUUCUGCGUGAGAAAUACGAUGUGUGGCUGGAGAGCGUGACAAAAGACCGAAAUGCGUGACUGUCACUCUCAAUGCGUGACACUCGACAGCCCUGCUUUAGAUUAACUCCUUAAAAAGCUACAGUUUCUAUAGAGAAGAUAUGGAAUUGCGGACAUUUGCAACUGGAAGAUCAUGCCAGUGUAGUACCAAAGAUUAGAUCGUCUUUCAUCUAUCUGUGUAAUUGCACAAAAAAGCAAAAACACAGAUUCCUUCCACUCUUGUAUGAAUCUUGUGUGAUUAUUAAGAGGUACAUACUUCAAAACACAACCAUUACAUGAUUCUCUAAUGAUUCACAUUCUGUGUUCUGCAAUGAAGAGAAAAUUAUUGAGAGUAAAUAAUGACAUUUGGUAUAAGUGAAAGCCUAUAUUGUCUAUGAGUUUAAACUGUGAUCACUGAUAGGGUGGUGUGAUGCUUCCUAUUAUCAGACUUUAUAUCUCUUUAUGCUUUUGUUAUAAAUUGUGAUGCCCUACUAAGUAUCAGCUCAUGCUUCCCACCAACAUGCCAUUAUUUGGAACGCGUUGCACUGUUAUAUGUAAUUAAUUUCCUUACUAAUAUUGUAUUGUUUCUCUCUUGUUAGUCUCUUGCUAAUUACUUUAUGCCGUCCUUGCCUAGCUCUUAUAUUAUUACAGUCAUCUUUAAUUACUUUACUUUAAUUACCUUGGAACUCAAGACUUUCAAGUAUAUUUUGUCUAUAUCUUAUGUCAAAUUUUUUGUCUUGUAUAGUUCUUGUAAAUAAAAUAAAGUAAAUAAACCCAAAUAAAGUGAUUGCAUAUUGUAAUCUCUUUGUAGUCUAUUAUGUCUGGGGUCUGUCUGGCUACUUGUUUUAUUUAAUAUCUUGUUUUCUCUUUAGUUUAUGUAUCUCUUUAUUCUUUAGUUAUAUAAUCGACUUGUUUGUUUCAGUAGCGUCUGGAGUUUUGUGCUUGCUAAGUUUGUUUUUCUUUGUGCCUAGUUUUGCUUCUGAGUUAAUGUUGGUUGUUCUACUGUUUUAUAUGUUUUUAAACAAUACUGUACUGUAUAAUAAAUGAUGUAUUUUUUAA